AUGCCACCGUCGCCCCCCGAAUUCGGGAGUAAAAACAAAAUUUCUGCUGCUUUUUGCAUUGGCGCAAUUAUUUUUGUUUAUUAUUGGCUGACGCCAUUCUGUCCGGCGUGUCAUUUUGACUGGAUUGUGUGGGUCGCUCGCCAACGCUAUCGAACAAAACAGGCUGAAACAUUCGCGUAUUUAACCGCCGUCUUGCGCGCACGUAUUUUUUUCACUUGUUCUGUUGGUGUGCACUCAAACAGCGAGGAAUCCGGAACUAUGCGUGCGUGGAGUUUGUCCUGCCAUGUGAACUGCGGGCAGCACCAAGGGGCUGCCACUUUGAUUCGGUAG